AUGUUUAAACUAUUCUUGCUCGCUUGCAUAUUGGCGCUGGUGGCUGCUGAUCCCAAGCCCAAGCCGGGUGUGUUUUACAGUGCAUACACAGCGCCUGUAGCAGCGGCGUACACCGCGCCUGUUGCGGCCGCCUACACAGCGCCGCUCGCCUACUCCGCGUACUCUGCUCCAAUCGCCGCCUACUCCGCUUAUCCCUAUGCUGCCCCUUACUCCGCUUACCUGUUACGUUGA